UAAAAGCAUGCAUUAUCAACAUUACAAACAUUUACUCAUAAUAUUUAUUGAAGAGUGUUUGUUAACCACAUUCGGAAAAUGGCACCAAAGGAUAACUUAACAGCCGUUUUGUACGGCAUCAACGACAUGCGACUUGAACAAAGACCAAUCCCUGUCCCCAAACCAAAUCAAGUACUUCUUAAAAUGGAAGUCGUGGGUAUUUGUGGCUCCGAUGUCCAUUACUUGGUCAGUGGCAGAAUUGGCCCUUUUGUGGUUACAGAUCCCAUGGUUAUAGGACACGAAGCCUCCGGAACGGUAAUACAAGUCGGACGCGACGUCAAAAAUCUUAAACCAGGUGAUCGUGUGGCUAUCGAGCCUGGAAUAACUUGCCGCACUUGUGCUGACUGCAAAAGCGGCAAUUACCACCUGUGCAAGGACAUGAUUUUUUGUGCAACUCCGCCAGUUGAUGGGAAUUUGACUAGAUAUUACGUCCACGAUGCCGAUUUUUGCCACAAGUUGCCCGAUAACAUGGACUUGGAAGAGGGUGCCCUUAUGGAGCCCCUCUCCGUGGGUGUCCACGCGUGCAGGAGGGCCGGAGUGCGCAUAGGUUCCGUGGUUUUGGUUCUAGGUGCUGGCCCGAUUGGUCUAGUUUCAAUGCUUACAGCCAAGGCAAUGGGUGCUUCCAAAGUCAUAAUUACAGAUAUUGUGGGCCACCGAUUGCAAAAAGCUAAAGAGUUAGGUGCUGAUUUCACCCUACAAAUUGGUCAAAACACGACUGAAGAAGAAAUCGUGUCAGAGAUUAAAGCAAAAUUGGGGGAAGACCCGAAUAUCACUUUGGAAUGCACGGGGGCCGAACAAUGCGUCCGAGUUGCUUUACAAGUCACAAAAUCCGGAGGUACUGUUAUUUUGGUAGGUUUAGGGAAAUUUGAAAUGACCGUGCCUCUGGCGGGUGCUUUGGUACGCGAAGUCAACAUACGUGGAGUGUUCCGAUACAAUAAUGAUUAUCCGAUCGCAAUCGAAAUGGUCAAAACAGGCAAAGUUAAUGUGAAACCACUAAUAACGCACCACUAUAAAAUGGAAGAUACGCUGAAAGCUUUUCACACUGCUAAGACAGGCGAAGGAAAUCCGAUCAAGGUGUUAAUACACGCGAAUCCUGACUGGAAACCGUAAUUUUUGUAAAAAUUAACACUGUUGGCUUAAAUUCAAUAAACUUAUUUUGAUAGACUU